AUGGGCGGGGGCAGCUCCCAGGUCAGGGUGAACCCCAGCAGCCGCAACUUCGUGCACGCGCUGCGCCGCCUGGUGAGCGGUGCCGUCUCCUACGAGCCGGGCUGCGACUCGAGCGGGUACCUGCCGCAGUUGACGCCGGACCUGUGCCGAGCACCGGGCGGCCGAGGGAUGCUGGACAUGGCCGUCUUUCCCGGGAAGGACUGGCCCUCCGGCGAGGCGAUGGGAUCCAGGCCUGUCGAGUCGAUGGCCGAGGACGCCAUGCGCCCGGGCCUGGUCCUCCCGCGGAACCCGGUGCAGCCGGGCAGGAAGGGGUCCUACUCGGUGCGCCUGGCCGGAGUGCUGACGCCGCCCGCCGCGGGCGUCUACGAGUUCGGCCUUGCCUGCAGCGGCAGGGCCCGCUUCCGCGUCGGUGGCCAGGUCAUCGCCGAGCUGCCGCGGCCCGGCGGCGCCGGCGGGCCUAGACCGCAGUCGGUCGGGGACAUGUGCCCGCGGAUGGACGAGGUCCGCGUCUGCGCGCGGCUGGCGGCGGGCUGCGGCACGGAGCUGGAGGUCGAGUGGGUGCCCUCGCUCAGGCCCCCGGUGGGCGCGCACCUCCUUCUGGGCUGCAGGCCCCGGGCCCCGCGGGACGACCCGAGCGCCGCCCUGGACGGGGCGGCGGCCGCCGCCGCCGCGGCGGACGCGGCCGUGGUGGUCGUGGGGCACACCAGCGUCGACGAGACGGAGGGCCGAGACUCCGCCGGCCUUGCCAUCGAGGCGCCCGUCCUGGAGCUGAUCCGGCGCGUCGCGGCGGCGAACGCGCGCACGGUGCUGGUGCUGAACAGCUGCGUGCCGCGGGACGUCGGCCCCGUCCUCGGCGCGGUGCCCGCGGUGGUCGUCUCCUGGUUCGGGGGCCAGGAGGCGGCCGCCGGGUUGGCCUCGGCGCUGGUGGAGGGCGGCUGGGGGCCCUGCGGCCGCCUGCCGUUCACCUGGCCCCGGGCCCUCGGGGACACGCCCGCCGCCUUCCCGGACGGCGCCGAGGGCCCCAGGUACCCAGGCGUGUUCGCCGACGCGGCGCAGGAGCAGGGCCGAGUAUUCUACGAGGAGGGACUCCUCCUCGGCUACCGCUGGUAUCAGCACCGCGCCAUCCCGCCGCUGUUUGCCUUCGGCCACGGCCUCGGCUAUUCGAGCAUCGCCUACCGGGCUCUGGAGCUCUCGUGCGGGGCGGAGCUGCCGGCAGGGCGCGGCGUGGAGCUGCGGGUCACGGUGGCGAACACCGGCACCAGGCCCACGAAGGAGGUCGUCCAGGCGUACGUGGCGGCCACGGGUGGGGCGCCUUUGGCGGGUGUGAAGCAGCUCCGUGCCUUCGCCAAGCGGGCCCUCGCCCCGGGCGAGGCCGCGACGGUGACUCUGCAGCUGGAGCCCUCUGCGCUGCCGGCGCCAGGCUUCGAGGUGCUGGUGGGGCCCAGUUCCGCGGACACGCCGCUGCGGAGGGUGGUGCGGGUGGCGUAG